UUGUAUAUAUAAAAGUGGUUGCUGUCUCUCUGUAAUUUCGCUUACUUCUUCUCUCUCUCUCUUUCCACCUGAGUUUAACGAGGCAGGCUUGGCUCUCCGGCAUUGACUCGUUUUCUGUUUUGACUAUCUCCGGUGACAGCUAGCUGGAGAUCGUCUUCAAUUAUAGAAAAGAAUAAGGUGCCACCCAGGCUAUAGAUCAUCAUACAUGAAUCUGGGGAGAAAAAAUUUCAUCCCUCAACAUGAGAAUGGAGCUAUGAACAAUGGGGAGCCCCCUCCAAUGACACCUCAAAGGCCAGUCUUGUUAAGGCCCAAUGUGAUUCCGGCGGAUUUGCAAGCGAAUCAGAUGAAGAUGAUGAAUUGGCAGAUUUUAAACCGGCCUGAUCUUGUUCCGGUGAAUCUGAUGGAGAUGAGGAUAAAUCACCACCAGGAGUUACCACCGCAAAGACACAAUUUACCAUCACCCAAUCUUAUCCCAGGUGGAAUGCAGCAAAUGACUCAGAUGGAGCAGAUAAAUUGGCAGGACGGGCCGAGGCAAAUUUUGACCCAAAGUGAUCUUAUACACAGUGAAUUGCAGUGUAGAUCAAUGGAGAGGAUUAAUCACCUUCAGGGACCACUGCAGAGGCCAAAUUUACCAGGACCCAAUCUCAUUCAAGGUGAAAUGAAAGGGAAUUGGAUUGAGGGGACAAACUGGCAAGAAUUACCUGCGCAAAUUUCAACCCAGCCUCAUGUUACUCAAGCUGCCAUGCAGUGGAAUCAAAUGGAGAGGGUAAAUCACCACCAAGAAUCUCCACAGCGGCCAUUUUUACCAGCACAAAAUCUAACUCCUGCUGGAAUGCAAGGUAAACAAAUAGAGAGGCUAUAUCAGGAAGAACCACAACGGCUACCUACAAGUAAAAUGCAGUCGGAGAUGGAAUGGAAGACAAUUAUGGAUAAUUGUGCAAAGAUCCUGAAACCGGGUGCCAGAGUUUCAGAGAUGAGUGCAAAUGUAAAUUCAAUAGGGCCAACAGAUGGCGUGAUGGCUUUCCAGAACACUGUUUCACUGAAGCCGCAAUUUUUUCACACAUCUGAGGGGCCUACUAAUAAUCACUGGAAUAAUACUCCAGUCAGAAGCAUAAAUCUGAACCAGAAUAUAGACUCAUAUGCGGAAAAUAUAAGACAGCCUACUACUCUAGCAGAGGUGUUGUGGAGGAGAAACACGCCACAAACACCAUGUCACAGAAAUGCAGCACCAGAUACACCUGCCCGUUUUACUGAUAAACCGGUUACUUGCAAUUCAUAUUCCCAGUUUGAAGGGAGUUAUUAUAAUGAUUGCCAUCCAGCGAGUACAAAUGCAGCUUCUGAUUGCAGCAGGCAAUACCAGCCGCAUGGUCCUACCAACUGGAGCAUAUGCUCGCCAACCUCAGGUGCUGCUGCAGCAUGCUCCAGUACAGCAUGUUUCUCUACAUUGGCCCCAAUAACACCAGAUAAGGUGCAACAGGCGAGGAUGCAGCCACCAGGCACAGAAGAGAAAAGCUCCAAUCAAGAGGAAAACAAGAAGCGUGAAACAGCUGUCAGUUGUACACAAGGAGAUAACCAUGGUGUUGGGCUCAUACUGAAUGAUCCAGAUUCAUCAUCCGUGCUGAAGUACACCUCUGAAAAUGGAUUAAAUGGAGACAUUGAUCCAACCCAGACUCCCCAGCCAAAACCUCAGAAAAGGAGAAAGCAUAGGCCAAAGGUGGUGGUGGAAGGGAAACCCAAAAGGACACCUAGGAAGGCUGCUUCUGCUCAAAAGACCGAUACGCCCAAGGAGAAGCCAACUGGGAAAAGAAAGUAUGUACGGAAAAAGGGCAUCAAGUCCAAACCAGAAGAGCAAUCCAAUGGUGUAAAUGAGGUCUCAGCUUCAAAUGGAGAUCAUGCAAAACCAUGCAGGAGGGCACUAAACUUCAACUUGGGAAAUCAAGAAAUAGAAAGCCAUGAAAAAACUGAAACAGAGAACAAGAUAGAAGAAGCAUGCAUAUAUGGAGACCAACCUUGUAGUUUGAACUUUGAUGCUCCCCAAAACACUAGCAAGGCACUUACAUCAUCAGUCCAACAUGAGCAAAGGAUCGGAGAACAGCAAAUAGAAACCCAUUAUGUUCCCCCAAGGCCGAUUCAACCAAGCACCCCUUCAGCAACAUGUAAAAACAACACAUUGAAUGCCAUUGCUAGAAAUCUGAAGGCUCCAAAUGCUAUCCUAUACCAAAACAGUGAUCCAAAUGUAUACAACCAAAAUACAAUUAACCAAGGAAUAACAGAUGAACAGAAUGAGAGAAGGGGGUCCAAGAGAGACUACCAACAAUAUGAUUCUGAGUUGUCCCGUCCACAAAACAUUGCAUUGGUAAGAUCUAGUUUCUUGUGCCCUGAAAUGUCUAGGACAGUGCAGCCUAACAUUCUUUGCACUUCUCUGGAGAUAGGGUCAGAAGCUCACAAGAAAAUGAGAUCUGAGAAUAUGCCAUGUGGGACUAUAACAAGUACACCUUCAUGUGUUACACCUAUCAAAGAUUUCUCAGGACUUCAAGCCUAUGCAUCUCAUGUUGAUGAAAGAUUUUCAAAUACAAAUCUUUAUAGCAAAAUGUCUUCCAAACAAGCAGGGGAUGGGACAUAUGGGAUUCUGAACAACUGGCAUACGGAUCCCUUGGCGUAUUUACUGAGACAACGUGUGUCAGGUAAGUUGCACAUAGUAGAUAAUGAGAAACAGUGCAACCCAAUGGCAGAAAUAGUAGCAGAGCAUAUGCCCAAACAAGACAGCUUGAAUAAUCAGUAUGCAUCCCUCUCUCAUUUUGAGUCUUUACAAGGGCAAGGAACAAGACUUCCUCCCCCUACAACUUCCUUAAAUACACCACGGGAAGUAGGUAGGGAGUCCUCAAAUCAAAUAGCACAUACAAAGAAACGUCUGCCAAGGAAAAGCAAAAAAGCACGAAGUGACCUACAAGCCUCUAUUAAAGCAAGAGGAGAGCUACAUGAUGGUUUUAAGCACUCGGUUUCAAUUGACAUACUCACCAUCCGAUUGGAACGCAUUGUUAUCAGUGACAACGGUGAGGUUCCAAAUGAGCAAACUGCACUUGUUCCAUAUAAAGGAGAUGGUACUAUGAUACCAUUUGAAGGAUAUGACCUUACUAAAAGGCGAAAGCCACGGCCUAAAGUGGAUCUUGACCCAGAGACGAGUAAGCUUUGGGACUUGUUGAUGGGGAAGGAAGGUAGUGAGGGUACACAAACAAUGGACAGGGAUAAGGAGAAAUGGUGGGACGGAGAAAGGGAAGUUUUCCGUGGAAGAGCAGACUCAUUCAUAGCAAGAAUGCAUCUUGUUCAAGGAGAUAGACGAUUUUCACGAUGGAAGGGUUCAGUAGUUGACUCUGUAAUAGGAGUAUUCCUCACACAGAAUGUGACAGACCAUCUUUCAAGCUCUGCUUUCAUGUCCCUAGCUGCCAGGUUUCCCCCAAAGCCAAGUAGCAUGAAGGGAAAACAUUGCCAAGAUGGCCUAACUGCAUGGGUGGAGGAACCAGAGUUUCAAGUAAUAGAUCCAGACGGUACUAUCACAUAUCAUCAUACCAUAUUAAAGCAGUCAGGAUGUAAUCAGAGCACUCUGACAGCCAGUGAAGAAUUUGAACAUGCUACAGAGAAUGUAACGGCAGGAAAGGUCUGUUUGGCGGAGGAGCAAACAAAGAGAAUUGAGGAAGAAGUCAUUUCAUCACAAAAUUCUUCUGACUCUUUCACACUUCAAGCCCAUGAAGAAGUCAGAUCCAGUGCUGGAUCCAACUCAGAAGCUGAAGAUCAAAUUAGUGAACACAGUCUAAUGAACUUCAACAGUCAUCAAAUAUUUCAACACAUGGAACUAACAGCUCCAUUCCAGAAAUUUCAGCCCCAUAAGACAGGUGUUCCAUUAUUUGAAACAGUGAGCCCACCGCUUGGAUGUCAGCAAUCAGAAAACUCAGUGUACAACACACAAAAUGUUACAGCUGCAAAGAGCAAUAGCGCAUUUGAUUGUGAAAUCCAAUCUAACAUCCAAUCCGUUCAGAAUUUAGAAACUGCUUCCAGUAACUUUUGGUUGACCAUGAAACCAUUUUUGGGAUUGGAGGAAACAGUCUUUGAUUGUCUGAGGAAAGAAGCUGUAACUUUGCAUUCAUCAGCUAUCAGCACAGAAAAAACUGAUGAUAGCAGAAGAGUGGGACACAUGGAAGGAAAGAUAAGUAGCUCAACUGCCCAAAACACGGCAGCACCAGUUAAGGGCGGAUCUAUAAACAAGUCAGAGCACCAAGUUAAUCUACAGCAGGAUUCUCACUCUGGCUGUACCAAUCAGCCCACCAGUCAUGAAGAGACAUACAAUGUAAUUGAGCCAGAAAGCACCAUCACUGCACACUCAUAUCCUGGUGAUACCAGUGCUAAAAGACAAUCAGAGCUGCAGAUAGAUGCACCAAGCAAACAAUCUAUCGUAGAUGACAUGAGUACAGUAAAUGCAAGAAAGAGAAAGAUAGCAGACAAUAAAAUAGCAUUUGAUUGGGAUAGCUUGAGAAAGCAAGCCCAAUCCAAUAGUGAAAGAAAAGAAAGGAGCAAGGAUGCAAUGGACUCGAUUGAUUAUGAAGCACUUCGGCAUGCAGAAGUGAAGGAAAUAUCCGAUGCAAUCAAGGAAAGAGGAAUGAACAACAUGCUGGCUGAGCGAAUCAAGGACUUCCUCAAUAGAAUUGUUAGAGAACAUGGAAGCGUGGACCUAGAAUGGUUAAGAGAUGUGCCUCCAGACAAAGUCAAAGAGUAUCUAUUAAGUAUACGAGGAUUGGGUCUGAAAAGUGUGGAGUGUGUCCGGCUAUUAACACUACACAAUCUUGCUUUCCCUGUUGAUACAAAUGUUGGACGCAUUGCUGUGAGGUUGGGGUGGGUUCCUCUUCAGCCACUUCCUGAGUCGCUCCAGUUGCAUCUUCUUGAGAUGUACCCAGUAUUGGAGACAAUUCAGAAGUAUUUAUGGCCAAGACUAUGCAAGCUGGAUCAGAAGACACUGUAUGAGCUACACUAUCAAAUGAUUACAUUUGGAAAGGUUUUCUGCACAAAGAGUAAACCAAAUUGUAAUGCAUGUCCAAUGAGAGCAGAAUGCAGACACUUUGCAAGUGCUUUUGCAAGUGCAAGGCUUGCUCUUCCCGGGCCAGAAGAGAAAAGUAUGGUUAGUUCAAGUGUACCUGUCUCUGCCAAUGGAAAUCCAGCUGCUGCAUUCAAGCCAAUGCCUCUUCUUCCAGAAAGCUCAGGAGGGACAAAGAGUAAUGUAGAUUCAAUUGCUGCAGUUGAAAAGGGCUCGAUGCCUGCAUUCUUGGACUGGCCUAUGCCACAACUUCCCCACAUAACUACCUUAAACAGAGAGGCAGCUGGAGCCAGUACUAGCAACUGUGAACCUAUCAUUGAGGAGCCCGCAACACCUGAGCCAUUGCAAGAAGUAUCAGCAAGUGAUAUCGAGGACGCUUACUAUGAUGAUCCUGAUUACAUUCCUACAAUUGAACUCAAUAUGAAGGAAUUCACAACAAAUUUGCAAGCUGUGUUGCAAGAGCAAAACAUGGGAAUGCAAGAAGGUGAUCUGUCCAGAGCUUUGGUUUCUUUGAAUCCAAGUGCCGCUUCUAUUCCAACUAAGUUAAAAAAUAUUAGUCACCUGCGGACGGAACACCAAGUGUAUGAACUUCCAGAUUCACAUCCACUGAUCAAGAAGAUGGAUAGACGUGAACCUGAUGAUCCAAGUCCCUACCUUCUUGCGAUAUGGACACCAGGUGAAACUGCCAGUUCAAUUCAGUUGCCUGACACGAAGUGCAAUUCCCAGGCAUCAGGCAGACUUUGCGAGGAAAACACAUGCUACUCAUGCAGCUGUGCACGGGAAACCAAUUCACAAAUAGUUAGAGGCACUCUUCUGAUACCAUGCCGAACAGCAACAAGGGGGAGCUUCCCACUCAAUGGCACAUAUUUCCAAGUGAAUGAGGUAUUUGCUGAUCAUGCAUCCAGUCUUAAUCCAAUUGAUGUUCCAAGAGAAAUGAUAUGGUAUCUACCCAGAAGGACAGUCUACUUUGGGACAUCAGUGUCCACAAUUUUUAAAGGUUUGUCAACGGAACAAAUACAACACUGCUUCUGGAGAGGAUUUGUUUGUGUUAGGGGAUUUGAUCAGACAACAAGAGCACCGCGGCCUCUCAUGGCUAGACUACACUUCCCUGCAAGCAGGAUGGCAAAGAACAAAAAUGAAACUCAAAAGGAUGUUUCUGGUGCAAAGAGAAAUACUAAAUAGGGAGCUAACCUAACCCUGUUAUAGUGCUAUGUCAGAGAAGACAGAAUCUUCCUAGGUAGAAGUUUGAUGACUAACAAAUUGUUGUACAUUCAGUUAUAUCUUUAUUCAAGAGGGAAUGUGAUUUUUCGUGUAAGCCUUGCAGCAGAUGUCAUAGGUGUUGCUUGGGAAGACCCUUCAAAAAUGGGCAUAAUGUAGAAAUAAGCAAUUUGUAUAAUUUCAUUCAUGCUAGAAAAGAGAGUAGUUAUAAGGUAUGUCUGAUGCCAGAGGAGAGGUAUAGGAAUCAAUUAUAGUGGUCUAUAGUUUACAUUUCCAUUAUACAAAUGUAUGAACAAGUAUUUCUUGGAGAGAGAAAAUUGGUUGCCAUUGUCAUG